ACACAAUUGACCUGAAAAGAGAUUAAUCCACCAGACUGGAGAUGACAGUGGAAAGAGCUCACCACAGCCCAGCUGACAUUGUUUAAUUAAUUUGGCAAGAUUAAAAAGAUAAUGGAUGCACGUGGAUUUGAUGAAUGUGUGCGGGUCCCUUUUUAUGAAAAGGAGCUUCCAAGGAGCUAAAUGUUGACAAGAAAAUGGAUUUCUUAACAUUGGGCUUCUCGGAGCCCGGUGGCUGUUGUUGGGCGGCGAUCCCAUUCGAGGCCGCGCGGAAUCGGCUUCGCUCCGGCAGCAGAGGCGUCCAGGACGGGCGUCGUUUUCCGUCCUCACAGUUGUGAAGGGGCCGCGAGAAGACCCGCCGCCGGCAUGCCGAGCGAGGAGGAGCGCGGCAGCCUCACGACGCCCUCCGCCUUGACCGCCUGCUUUUUGCUCCUGUCGUUUUGCACCCGGGCUUUAGCUCUAAAUGGUAUGGCUGAAGAUGUGAAGGACCAGGGUGAGCUGCUCUCACAGACAUCUGAAAAAAAUGGAAACUCAAGUAAAAUAAGCAAAGAACUGAAAGAAAUAGUGUUUGUCAUCCAGAGUCAAAGAAAUUCUUUUCAUCUGAAAAAAGCAGAAGACCUCAAACAAAGCAUUUUAAGACAGGCUGCAGAUCUUGGAAAGGAGAUGCCUACAGUGUUGUUUAUUCACCAGAUGGACAGGCAUGAAGGUGCAUGGACCAUUCUGCCAUUAAUGCAAGAGUUUUCUCUUGCGUAUAGCAGAAACUCUUCAUGGAUUUUUUUCUGUGAAGAAGAUACAAGAAUACAUAUUGUAAAGCUACUGAAAGCACUUAGAAGAUAUGACAAGUCCAAGGAAUUCUUUUUAGGAAAAGCAUUGCAUGAUGAUGAAUCUACAAUUAUUCACCAUUACGCCUUUGCAGAAAAUCCUACAGUUUUUGAAUUUCCAGAUUUUGCUGCUGGCUGGGCACUUAGUAUUCCACUUGUAAAGAAGCUUGCCAAGAGAUUGAAAAAUGAACCUCUAAAGUCAGAUUUUACAAUAGAUUUAAAACAUGAGAUUGCAUUGUAUAUCUGGGAGAAAGGCAGUGGACCACAUCUCACCACAGUGACUGAGUUUUGUACAAGUGACUUGUAUGCUCCCAAUACUGCACACUGUGCCACCACAUUUGUGAAUUCCCUUCCACUUUGUGGAGAGCCUGUGAAGAAAACGGAUAUCUUCGUUGCUGUAAAAACUUGCAGGAAAUUCCAUGGAGAUAGAAUACCCAUUGUAAAGCAGACUUGGGAAGGAGAAGCGACCCUUAUUGAAUAUUUCAGUGAUUAUGCAGAAAGCUCAAUACCCACAAUUGAUUUAGGUGUUCCAAAUACUGAUAGAGGUCACUGUGGGAAAACUUUUGCCAUUUUGGAAAGAUUUUUAAAUCAUAGCCCAGCUACAACACCUUGGUUAGUCAUUGUGGAUGAUGAUACUUUAAUAAGUAUCUCCAGGCUUCAAACAUUACUCAGCUGUUAUGAGCCAAAUGAACCAGUGAUACUUGGUGAACGUUACGGCUAUGGAUUGGGGUCCGGAGGCUAUAGUUACAUCACUGGUGGAGGAGGGAUGGUCUUCAGCAGAGAAGCAGUCCAAAGAUUACUUGCUAGUAAAUGCCGGUGUUACAGCAAUGAUGCCCCGGAUGAUAUGGUAAUUGGAAUGUGUUUCAGUGGUUUAGGAAUUCCAGUAACACACAGCCCUCUUUUUCAUCAGGCUCGACCGAUGGAUUACCCAAAGGACUAUCUUUCCCAUCAAGUUCCAAUAUCAUUUCACAAACACUGGAAUGUUGAUCCAGUGAAAAUAUACUUUAGUUGGCUGGCACCAAAAGAGAAAGAUUUGCAGAAUGGAAGUAAACAUACAAGGGAAGAAUUAUAAUAUCUAUAUCUGGAUAUAGCUAUAGGCUUAUUAUGAGAGCAUCUACUGAAUUUUAUUGUUGUAUUUAUAAUUUCUUCUUGCCCAUUUUGUACAGUACACUUCUUGCCCAUUUUUGAUCCAGUACCACUUUUGGCACACUGCCCUGCUUUCUCCCUCUGGAGCACUAGAAGUAUGCAUCACAUAAUUGGGAAUGGCUGUUUGGGGACACCAGAAGCUUAUACAGACCUUUCAUUCCUUGCAGCAUCCCAUCAUUAUGCAUUCAUGUGUGCAUAUGCCAAUGGAGAGGGAAGAGGGAGAAACAGAUCUACACUGAGCCCUGUGGGACUCCUCCAUACACUGGUAUUGCAUCCAGAGUAGUAUUGAAUCCUGUUCUGAUGAUCUCUGUCUGGUGUACACACGCGCACACACACGCACAUAUAUGGAGGGGUGCUUUAGAGCUGUAGAAUAAAUCUUUUUUUGGGAACUUUUAACUAUCUGUUGUUUGUGAAUUCCAAGUUUUUUAAAAACAUUCUCAAUUAUCAGCAAUCAAUAUUGAUUUGUUCUCUCUCUGUCUGCUCUCCUCAUCCUGGUUGUUACUUGCAUAUUAAAGCCUAAGGACAGUGUUAAAUUCUCUUGUGUCUUUAUGUAAAAUGAAGAGGUUAAUGUGACUUUGUGUGACUCAUCUUAGGGAUCCUGUGUAUUGUCAUUGACAUUUCUGUUGGUUUGCAAUUUAAACAAAUACUGUUUCCAGAUAACUGGAACUCUAAAGACUUAGUGUUACUAAACAGGCCACAAGAUGUCACUAACUACUGAUACACAGAAAACCUGGUUACUCUUGCAUUAACAAAUUACUCUUAAUGAAUCUUGGAAACUUAGGGUUACUUAUUGACAUUAUGUCUUCACCACAUGGCUUAUAUGGGCAAAAUGAAACCUAGUUGAGUACAUCCAUAAUUAAAGGCUGUGUACAUUUUUUAAAUUGAAGGACACUAUGUGUUAACUGCUUGAUUCUUUCUGUAUAUAUAAUGCAAUUUUGUAGAGAGUAAGUCUGAGCCAAAUGGUGAGGGCACAUUUCACAAAUGCUUUACCACCACCAACACUCACUCAGAUUUACCUGCAUGAUGUCAUGGUGGUAUGAUAACAUUACAUUGCCUACAAGAAAUCUGAUUGACUGGGAUUGCUUGAGGAAGAAUGUGGUUUUUUGUUAAGUUUGUAAAUGGCAUUGAAUGUACAGAUCAGGAAAAGGAGCAGCUGCAAGUAUGUAGUAAAUAGUACAUAAAAAGGUAAAGCAGAAGUCUGUGUAAAAUAGCCCUACCACCUCUCUAAGGUCCCAGUGUUACUGUUCGAAGUAUAGUGCAAUCCUAGGCCAUUAUGCAAUGCUCUUCAUGCACUAGUGGGAUUUGCCACCAUUGCAGUGUGAGGCUAGCAGUGCCUGACAAAUCUGGAAAGAGUGGGAUUGUUUCCAGAACACAGUAAGCCAGUGGGACUCUCAGAAAAGAGCUCUGCUACACUGUCCUGAUCCAGAAACAAGCAUUUCCCUCCAGUGCUGAGGUUGCUUCAGAAGCUCUGUGCUGGCAGUCUUGUGGUGGAACAGAACUAGCAGAAGCUCAGCAGUGGUAUAUGAUACUGCCCAUAGUAAGGAGCUUGUAUGUAAACUAUCAUUACAGUCAGGUUAGACAACCUAAGCAUAAUGCUGUAUUUUUCAGCCAAAUAUAGGGUCUAAAAGCCAUAUUAUAUCUCUGUUUUCACAUAUGUUUAAAUGUUGUUUUCUAUAGCACAGCACUACAUUGUGUUCCAAAGUAAUACAGUUCUUAACAAUGGUCAAAACAGGAAAGAAUUUUUCUGCCAAGAAUUGUUGAAGCAUUUGUGUAGUUUGGAAAUUUUUAAGUGUGUGAAGACUGAGCACAUUCAAAAUAUGAAAGUGUUUGAACUGGAGGAACCAACAUAUUAUAUGCUUUCUCUUUUUUCUUUUGCUCAGUGCCUUAUAGAUAUUUCUACUGAUACCAGACUUUCUGUGUGGGCGUGUGUUUGUUUUAUAUGGGUACAUUGUUAUUUAUGUUUACUGUUUUUAAAUGGUACAAACCUAAAGUGAAAUAAAACACUAUUGUUUAAAAUGCUGAAAUGCAGUGUGACUUCUUCAUCAACAGAUUAAUUAACCAAAAAAAGGGAGAAAAGCAGUAUUUUCUUCUCAAAUUCUUUUCCUCAGUUAAAAAGGAGAUAGUGUAUGAUGAAUUUUAUAACUUGAUCAUAUGCUUGUUUACUCAAAUGUAGAUGUCACUGCAUUUGAGGAAACUCACUCUCAAGCAUACUUAGAAUUAUUGGUGUCUGGAUGCCAUAACAGAGGUGACAGAAGAGAUGCUGCUACAUGUACAAACAGUGC